AUGUCUAAUAGUGAUGUUGAUCAUGGCAUAAAUAUUGAUGAUGAUAGAGGUUUGUCCGAUGAUGAAUGGGAAUCCGAACAAUUAGUUAGUGGAGUAGAAAGUGAUGGAGAAGAUGAUGAAGAAGAGAGUUAUGGCAAGUUUGUAACAUUUACUAUGCCUAAAUCAAUGGCGGAUUACAAGUGGGAUUUGGGCACUUAUUUUGCUAAGAAGCAAGAUUUGUUGGAUGCCAUAAAAACCUAUGCAGUAGAAAAUGGUAGAAAUAUAAGAUAUCUUAAAAAUGAUAAAAAGAGAAUUAGGGCAAAAUGUAUGGGUGCUAAAGGAAAGUUCCCAUGGAUGGCAUAUUGUGCUUAUAUGAAUGCAAUACAUACGUGGCAAUUAGGGACUAUUCUUGACAACCACAGUUGUAGUAGAGAGCACAAAGUCAAAUUACUUAAUGCAAAAUGGUUGAGUAAGAGGUUGGAGAAAACUGUUAGAGAAAAUUCCAAAGUUAAGGAAGUGGAAAUUGUUGAAAAGAUAAAUAGAAAGUGGAAUGUAGGUGUAUCUAGAUCCAUGCCUUAUAGGGCAAAAGCCAUUGCUUCAGACCAUGUUGAUGGGUCUUUCAAAGAGCAAUAUAAAAGGAUCUAUGAUUAUGCGAAUGAGGUCCUAACUCGCAAUCCUGGAUCCACAGUGAAGGUGAAAGUUGAAGAAAAUGAGGGUAGAAAUAUAUCAGGAGGUGGUGAAUUGUUAACUGCUUUGGGAAGAGACACAAACGACCAAAAGCUACCUAUUGCAUAUGUCAUUGUGGAAGUAGAGAACAAGGACGCGUGGAAAUGGUUUAUGAAACUUCUGGUUGAAGACCUCGGUGGGGAGCCAGUGCAUCAUGUACAUUCAUAUCAGAUCAACAAAAGCUGGUCAGCAGAGAAGUUGUUUGAAGUUCGUCAUGUGUCCCAAGUUGGGGACAAAUUUGUAGUUGAUAUAGACAAAUAG